ACAGGGAAAUUUAUUUCUAAUGCACACCAGUGCUUGGAGCAGCUACAGGGAGAGUGAGAGCAAGGGAAGAGGAGCUGUCUCUCUUUCCACCCACAAUAACCAUCUAUUAAGGGAAUCUGGAUUUUCAUCAGUUCUGCUGUGUGAUUUGGAACUGCAGGUUAAAUAAGAUUAUACAGAUCACUGGGGAUUGAUGGUAAUAUUAUUGACACUUACAGUGGGGAGUUUAUACCAUCAUCAUUCAGACUUGAUUGGGGGAUAUUUAUUGUGCAUGGUGAUACACCUGCAGCCUUUCAGUAACAUGUAUCCUGCUUUGGCUUUUCAUUCUCUCCAGAUCCACCCAUCCUCAUAGCAAUCAAGUAAUAGGCAAUGCUUUUUCACUUCAGGCAUCCUCUGUGUUUUACUGGUCUCUCCUAAGGGUUGGUGGGUUUUUUGUGUUUCCCUUGGCCUCUUUUGGGAUUUCUUCUUUAGCUUUACUUUUCAUUGGGCUCCAUGCUGGAAAGCAAAAUUGCACGCUUUGGUAAUUGCCUGUGUCGAUGUACUUAGAAGCAUUAAUUUGAAGCAUAUAUGUAAGAGAGAAAACAUCGCUCUAAUUGAGGAGUCUCUAAGAAAUAACCCCCCUGGCAAAGGAAAAUUCGACUUGGAGAAGAUAGGAAAAUUAUUGUUUUCUAUGGUUAAAUUGGUACCCUUGUUUUGGAAAACUGAUCUCAAUCUAUUAUUAUGCAACAACAAGGAUAUCUUCCUUCUCAGGGUGUCUAAGCUGCUGGAUUGCUUUUCGCCCAAAUCAAUGUGGUUUCUUUGGAACAUUUUCAGCAAAGGAACGCAUAUGCUGCAGUGUCUUUGUGGCAAGAGUCUUAAGAAAAACAAGAACCCAAGUGAUCCCCAGCUCAAGGGCAUAGUGACCAGGUUAUAUUGCAGGCAAGGAUAUUACUUGCAAAUGCACCCAGAUGGGACUCUUGAUGGAACAAAGGACGACAGCAGCAAUUCUACAUUAUUCAACCUCAUACCUGUGGGUCUUCGUGUUGUUGCAAUCCAAGGAGUGAAGACAGGGUUGUAUAUAGCAAUGAAUGGAGAAGGGUACCUCUACACAUCAGAGCUUUUUACAUUGGAAUGCAAGUUUAAGGAGUCGGUUUUUGAGAAUUAUUAUGUUAUCUACUCAUCUAUGAUAUACAGACAGCAAGAAUCUGGUAGAGCCUGGUUCUUAGGUCUAAAUAAAGAAGGGCAAGUCAUGAAAGGAAACAGAGUCAAGAAAACAAAACCAGCAGCUCAUUUUCUACCCAAGCCAUUGGAAGUUGCCAUGUACCGCGAACCUUCAUUGCAUGAUGUUGGAGAAACAGUGCCAAAAGCAAGAGUGACUCCAAGUAAAAGCACAAGUGCAUCUGCAAUAAUGAAUGGGGGCAAACCAGUGAGCAAGAGUAAGACAUCAUAGCUAUACCCUCAAGGGUGUUGUGACUUACUGAGCCCUCAGCACACUUGAGUGUUUUAUCCCUACCAGACUGUCCUAUUUCCAGUGUCUGUCAACCAAUGAAUAUGCACUGGCUCUUUGCUGUUUCUAAACCAACAUGUUGAAGGUGGAUAACUCUCAGUGUGUAGCUCCUCCCACAACUAGAAGACACCUGGGAAACCAGCUAAACUCAGACCAUGGAAUGCCCUAACAGAUAUGGAAUGCCUUUUUAAUAUCUUUUCUGUGACUGUGACACUUCAUGUGAAUGACAUAUUUCACAAGUACACUUGAUACCUUGCCUGCUGAAAAAUUAACCCCCUUUUGAAUCCAAUUACAGCGAAAUCCAUGUGUUUAAGUUCUAUUUUGUAGCACACAAAUAUUAAGUAAUUUCUAGUUAGACGCUGUAAAACUGCGCUAUUAUGGAUUUCUCUAACCUUUUUUACAAGGCUGCUUGCACCACUGUCUGUGAUCUUUUGCAGGGAUUGUGUUCCUCUAGAACUUGAAUGUUUCAGGUGGCUCACUUCUGAAAGCAAUCAGGGAAGCCUUCAAACAGCUAUUCUAAACAUGUCUAAAUAGGACUUAAGUACUGGUUAAGUGUGAAAACAUUUUAGCAACAGAUACUGUGCUCUGCAGGUUGGCAGAUAGUAGAGGGCCAAAUGUCAAACACAACCAGUGCAAAUGAGGCCAGGAUUUGUGUUUGACACUCCCUAUAUAUUCCUUUUUGUGUGUGUUUUAUACAUAUCACAAGCUUACUGGUAAUGGUAACAUUUGCCUUGCCCAGCAAGCAAGACCCACUUGUUUUUUAAGAUGGUGGGUCCAUAGAACUCUGUAGGCCUUGUAGGCCUGAAUUAUGGCUCAUUUUUCAUCUACAAUUCCUCAUAAUUUGAAAAUGACAAUUAUGAGCAAGGAUUUCGCUACCUACAGUAUGUCUGUUUUUAAAAACAAAAAUGGACAUCCCCAUUUUUGCCGAGCUCAGAUUUAAGGUUAUUUUCAUCUCUGGCAGUUCCUUAAAUAUCAUAAAGCUAAGCAUGGACACGUUGCUUGUGUACCCCCUCCCUAAACAUACAAUUAUUUUUUCUUUUCUUUUUUUUUGCAACAGCAAUGCAAGUGGUAAAUAAACCUCUGAAUUGAUAUCUUCCUAUUCAAUAACUGGACAUUAACUUUAGCUAAGCAUGCAUUGUCCAGUUCCCUUAGUUUUUUUCAGCAAAUCCUACAUAAUUCGUACAUAGAGAUUUCAGGAAAUAGAAUUCAUAAGUUUAUGGUGCCUUGCUUAGGUUGCAGUGUAUUCUACACAAAACCAAUUUUGUGGAACCAGAACAUACAAGCAAAUCAGUCAUUAGGUGCCUAUGGUGAUCACUCAAAAAAGAGUUUUAAUAAUGGCAUUGGUUUUUCUACCUAACUGUUCAAACUGCAAACAGAAUAUUGGUAAGUGUGGAUAUACUGUGAAUGGUAUGUUGUUGAAAUCAGAGUAUUCGUAGGAUAUGCUUCCCAUAAAAUUCACAUUGGACCAAAAUAAAGUCUUCACAACUUGGAGGGAAAUUAUCAUGUCAUCACGUCAACUUUAUAAUCUGCGCCGAUAAAAGGUCUGGCAUUAAGAAUGACAUAAAUUCACAUUUUCAGCUUCCUGUUAAAGUAAUCAUACGUUCUAUCACAGAUGUCUAUUCUUGGUGGAAAAUAGACUUAGAUUGCUCUGACAAAGCUAACCACCACUAUUUCAACCUCAAUCAAUCUGAAACAUAACUGUAAAGAAUAUUCAGUUGAUGAAAAAAAAAAACACAGAAUUAUAUGCAGAUUGUCCCAAUUUAAAUAAAUACAUUUUUCAAACUGCA